AUUAAAAAAUUAAAAAUUAAAAAUGGAAAGUCAAUAAAUUCCAUAAAAUAGAAAGUCAAAGGAAUACUAAAAAAAUAAAUUACUUAAAAUUAACAGCGCUAAAUAAGAUCCGAAUAUUAUUUUUGAAGAUCCACGAAAAGACCUUAAAUUUCCUGAAACGGAUUUCCUUGAUUUCUCUGUAUUUUCAGAAAAAUUACAAAAAAAUAUAAAGCUUAAGACUUAUCGAUAUUUACCGCCUGAAAAUCAUCUAACAAAAGCUAUUUUGUUUCUUUUUCAUGGUCUCAAUAGUAGCGUUGCACAUGGAUCACAUAUAGCAAAAGCUUUUUCGGAAAAAGGAUUUAUAGUUGUAGGUUUUGAUCAUAGAGGAUUUGGAUAAAGUGAAGGAAAGAGUGGAUAUUUAGAAAGUUUGGAAACUCAUUUAGCCGAUAGUAAGCUUUUUGUUAAAAAAAUAAUGGACUAAUAUGGUAAAGAUUAGUAUAAAUAUUUCCUUGCAGGUCUUUCUAUGGGUGGAAUGACGUCUUAUAGACUUUCUUUGGAAAAUCCUGAACUUUUUGCAGGAGCUAUAUUGAUGGCUCCUGCAAUAUAGCAUAACUAAAGCAAACUAAUUUUAGGAUUUGUAAAUUUAAUGGUUUAUAUAUUACCUGAUUGGCAUAUUUUUGGACAUAAAAAUGAAGGAACUUGCCAUAAAAGUCCUUUAAUGACAAAAAUUAUGAGAAAUGACUCAAAUACAUACAAAGGUAAUAUGUGCCUGAAAACUAUUUAGGUAAUAUAUGAAGCUAUAAAUAGUAGUAAUAAGACUUUUGAAAAUUAUAAAUGUCCUUUUAUUGUUGUUUAAGGGGGAUUAGAUAAACUAAUAGAUCCAGAUGUUGGAUUUGACUUAGUAGAAAGAAGUUAAAGUGAAGACAAACAAGUACUUUUUUAUGAUAAUAUGUGGCAUGAUUGUUGGCAUGAAGAAGAAUUAUAAGAUUUUUUACCAAAAGUUAUAAAUUGGGCUUGUUAAAGAAUUUGAAUAUUUUUUUUAUAAAAAUAAAAUAGUUAUUGUUUUAAUAUUUUUACACCAAAAUUAAAAUUGUUCUUUAUUUAAAUCUGG